AUGAAUUCAAAAAUUUAGAAAGAUAGAUCGAAAAUUAAUGCCUCAGAUCUAAAUAAAUUUAUAGAAAAAUUAAAGCUUUAUUAUAAAGAUAUAGAUUUAAAUGGAAAAAAAGAAAAAACAGCUGUUAUUUUAUUUGGUAAAACCAGAGUUGGCAAAUCUACGAUUUUCCAUAUUUUAAAAGGUGAUGAAUUGAUAAAAUCAAAAUAAAAAACAUUAAUGGUAGAUUUUUAAGGUGAUUAAAAAAAUUAUAUAGGCUAAGAAUGGUAAUCAUUUACUAAAUAUCCAAAUAUAUUUAGUUAAACUAUUAAAAAUAAAAAUGGUUAGAUUGAAGAAAUAGAUAUUAUUGAUACUCCUGGAUUUGAUGAUACUUAAAAUAAAUUUGAUGAUUUAAUUCCAUAAAUUCAAUUACUAUAAAUAUUGAAAUCAUAUAAAAAGGUUAUAUUAGUAAUGGUUGCUUCAUAUGUAAAAAAUAAUAUUGAAUUUUUUAAAAAACCAUUAAAAUUAGUUUAAGACUUAUUUGAAAGCAAAUAAGAUUUCAAUUCUAUGCUUUAAAAUUCAGGAAUUUUCUUAAUUAUUAACUAGAUUAAAGAUAAUUACUUUUAAGAAUUCAAUAAAUAAUUGGAUAAGGAGAUUAAUAAUAAUGAUUCUUAAGAUGACAAUAGUAUUAUUUUUUAAAGUAAUACAGAUAAAUAUAAUAUAUCAAUUGAGUUUUUAAAAUAUAUCAAAUACUCCUUAUGCAUAAUGAAACCGUGUGCUGAAAAGCAUUAAUAAAUUGAACUUAAAGAAAACAUUUUUAAUUUUAUCCAAUAAGAGAGACAAAAUCAUGCUAUUAAUUAUAAAUUGAGUAUAACAGUGGAUGGGAAAACAUUGAUUUAAAAUAUUUUAAGUGAAAUUCUAGACAUUUUUUAAAGAGAAAUAUCUAAUUCUAUAGAAAAAUUUAUUCAAUAGACUGAAAAACAAGUUGAUUUAAAGAAAUAAAGAGAUUAAUUAGUCUAAUUUUCCUAAUUAUUACCUGAAAAUAUUUUCUUGUUAGACUUGAAUGAAUUCUAUUUCUUAAAAUUAACAGAUUAUUUUAAUAGUUUAAAUUAUAUAAAUUGCAAAUCAGAAGAUUUAGAAAAGUUCAAAUUUUUAUUUUAAGAGGAAAUCAUAAAAAUAUUAUUUUUUAAUUUAAAAGAAACAUUUAAAAAUCUGAAUUAAUAUUAAAUUUAAUUAGUUGAUAAUAAAUAAAAAAUUUGGUAGAUAGUUAAAACUAUCUAAGAAUAAAUAAUAGAAUAGAUAUAACUAGAUAAUAUAUAAGAGGAAAUAUGCAAAUAAAUCGAAUAAUCUAUUAAAGCUUUUUAAUAAUAUUCUGAAUGCAAUAAUUUCCUCGUAUUUAUUGGGAAUCCAUUUUCUGGCAAAAGUACUUCAAUUAAUUUACUUUAUAAUUGUUAGCAUAAAUAAAUGCAUUUUUAUAAUACUUUGAUGAUGAUACAUUUUGGUCAAAUAAAGUAUGAUGAAGUUGUGACAUUUGGAUAAAAAGAUUAGGAUUUAAUAAUUGAAUUUUAACAAUUCUCAAAAGAUUAUGUUAUAUUACUUCAAUACUUUUUUGCCUUUUGUAAAAAAAAUAAGAAGAGUUUUUCUUUAUAAAUUGUUUUAGAUGAUAGAUUAUUAAAUUAAGAUAUUUAAUCAGGUUUAAAAAUGUUUAUGGAUUUGAAUAACAUCCAAAAUAUUGAAUAACUUAAUAUAAUAGUAAAUAUUAAACAAGGGUCUUAAUUACCUCAAAAGAUUGAUCUUUAAACACUAGAUUCAAUCAUUUAAAGUCCAAAAUAUUUAAAAAUAUACACAAUUCAUAAAGAAUUCUAAAAUGAAACUUUAAAAUGGAAUAAUUUUGAACUUUUUUAAAAUCUUCAUUUUUAGAAAGAUGAAAAAUUAUUUUUAGAAUUAUCCAAAUCGUUAUAUGAUAAAGCAAAUUAUAUUAAUGAAAAAUUUAUUAAAAAUUUUAUUAUUAUGAUAGAUACAAAAUAAUAUUUUAAAUAAAAUCAAGAAGAGUAAGAAAUAAAGUUAUUUGUGAGUCUUAUAGAAUUAAAUCCUUAAUCCUCAGAAGAACAAUUUGUAAAAAAAUUAAUUGAUAUUCAUGAUAUCAUACCCCCAAGUUUUUUAAGUAUGGAGUUGAUCAUAAAGGAUAGAAAUAUAGGAAAACAUCAUAAACUAAGACUUUUAUUCUAAAAUUUAAUUGAGAAAUACUUUCUAAUUGGAAAAAUUUUUAGUUUUUGUGAAAAAUGCUACUCAAAAUUUUAUGAAAUUGAAAUGGUUAUUUAAAAAUAUACAUUAGAUAAUGAUUUAAAUUAAAUAGACAAAAUUAAUCUAUUAAUUGAAUCAUUUGAUAUUCGUAAAGAUUUACUAACUGAAGAUGAAAAAGAAAGUCUUAAAUAAUUAAAGCUAUUCUUUGAGUUAUUUUAUAUUUAAUCAAAAUAUAAACUCCAUAGUAAAGAUAAAAUUAAAAGUGUGUACCUCAAUAGUGAUCAAGAAAACAAUAACAAUAUGAAUAGCCUUAUCAUAUAAUUAAACAAUUUAAAAGGAAAACUGAAGAAUUUAAAUGUUCAAAUUUUAAGUUUACUAAAAGUAUUAAAGAAUACUUAAUAUAAAGGUUAUGAAACAUUAGAUAAUCAAUUUCCAUUCUGCUCUUGGUCUGGAAGAUUUUCUUAUUGGUUUGGUUUGUAGGAUAAUUAAGAAAUUAUCUAAAAUGUAGAAUUAAUAAUUUAAAAAGUUUAACAAGGAAAAUUUAAAGAUCAUGAUUGA